AAUAUUGAGCUCAUUCAUAUUGGAGCUCAGUCGUGCUUUUGUGUAUAUAAGAAGAGAGCAAAUUUGUUUCAAUUUUAUUUGCUGAUAUUUUGUAGUCUGAUUCAUUCAUAUUUUCAAUCUCGAAAGCGCUGAACAUCAAUUUUUCUUCAUAGAUUUUGUGUUCUGAAGAAAAUAAAAACUAAAACUAUGAAUUGGCUUGGAAAAUCGUUGACUGCAAUUCUGGAUUCUGAGCGCAACACCGAUUGUAAAUUUAUCAUCGAUGAUAAUGUCUAUUUAGGCCAUAAAUUGAUCUUCUCGUGUGCGUCGGAAGUUUUUGAGCGCAUGUGCUAUGGAAACUUUAUCGAGGGAACGACUGGAGAGAUUAAGCUAACAGACGUGGAGCCCGAAACUUUCGUAAUGUUUCGAAAUUUUAUCUAUAGCGGCGACUCGCAGAUACAUUGUAAUGACGUAGCACAAAUUAUAAAGCUACUCGAAUUCGGACAUAAAUAUCUUGUGAGCAGCAUUACGGACGCCUGCAUUGAGAAGUUGAAAAAUCGUUUAGAUCAAUGCAACAUUAUCGAACUUCCUGCCAUAUUUCAGUGCUCGCACGAACUUCAGAGUUCCUCAUUAUUUGUUAUGGUCGAUUCAUAUCUUAAAAUGCGAGCAAGUGAAAUAGUCAACCAAGCGAACAUUUUUGAUUUUUUGAUUCCAGUGCACACAUUCAAGAAUUUAAUUAUAGUUCUUAGUGGACGUAUUCCAGAGUUGAUACGUUUUAAACUUAUGUUAUUGAACUUUACCUUCUUUUUAAUGUCUUGUAUACUAAUGAUUCUUAUAAGGAAGAAUUUCUUGACUUAA